AUGCCUUCAGGCACCGGAAAGACAGUGUCGUUGCUUUCACUCAUUGUCGCUUAUCAAAUGCAACAUCCAGAACAGAAUCGUAAAUUCAUUUACUGCUCACGAACCGUUCCGGAAAUCGAGAAAGCGUUGGCCGAAUUGAAACAGUUGAUGGCGUAUCGACGGAAAGAAGGGCUUGAAGAAGACUUUUUUGGUAUCGGCGUCACAUCUCGUAAAAAUCUGUGUUUGCACCCUGUGGUGUCACGGCAGAAGAAGGGCAAAGCCGUCGAUUCACAAUGUCGUAACAUGACCGCCAGUUGGGUUCGUGCAAGAGCUGGUAAAACCAAACAAGCCGAAGGAUCAGCAGAAGCAAUGGAUGUCGACACCAACAUUGAACUGUGCAAUUUUUACGAGACGCUCGAAGCGGCGAAUUCUCCCAAUCCGAUUCCCAACGGCGUUUAUACCUUGGAAGAUUUGAUGGAUUAUGGACGGAAAAUGACAUUUUGUCCUUAUUAUCUUGCUCGUCGUGCGAUUGCGUUUGCCAAUGUCGUCAUCUAUUCAUAUCACUACAUGCUCGAUCCCAAGGUGGCCGAGUUGGUCUCCAAAGAAUUAUCAAAAGACAGUAUCGUGGUAUUUGACGAGGCUCACAAUAUUGAUAACGUAUGCAUUGAAUCAUUAAGUCUGGAUCUCACACGACCCAUCCUGGACUCAAGUACACGCAGCGUCAAUCUUUUAGCCGAACGUAUCGAAGAGAUCAAACAGACAGAUGCACAAAAACUGAAAAAUGAAUAUAAUAAGCUCGUGGAAGGACUACGAGAUGCUGGCGCAGCGCGAGACGAGGACACAUUCAUGGCCAAUCCCGUCUUACCAGAUGAUCUGUUAAAAGAGGCCAUUCCUGGCAAUAUUCGCCGUGCAGAACAUUUUGUCGCGUUUUUGCGAAGGUUUAUUGAAUAUCUCAAGACUCGGUUACGUGUGAUGCAUGUCGUGGCAGAAACGCCAGUGUCGUUCUUGCAACAUUUAAAAGACGUCACUUACAUUGAAAAGAAACCGUUGCGGUUCUGUGCCGAGCGAUUAACGAGUCUGGUACGCACACUUGAACUGACGGAUCUGGAACAUUAUUCUAGUCUGCAAAGAGUCGCGGCAUUUGCGACAUUGGUAGCAACGUAUGACAAAGGGUUUUUAUUGAUUCUUGAACCAUUUGAAACGGAUACAGCGACUAUUCCCAACCCUGUGCUACACUUUACCUGCCUGGAUGCGUCGAUUGCCAUACGACCGGUUUUUGAACGAUUCAGUACCGUGGUUAUCACAUCGGGAACUCUGUCACCGCUAGAUAUGUAUCCCAAAAUGCUCAACUUCCAAGCUGUCGUGCAAGAAAGUUAUGCCAUGACAUUGACUCGUAAUUGUUUCCUGCCAAUGAUCAUCACGCGUGGAUCCGAUCAAGUCGCUGUCAGUUCCAAAUUCGAAGUCCGUAAUGAUCCUGCCGUGGUUCGCAAUUUCGGCCAAAUCAUGGUGGAAUUUUCCAAAAUCGUACCCGACGGUAUUGUCUGUUUCUUCCCAAGUUAUCUCUACAUGGAACAGAUUGUAUCCAUGUGGAACGAAAUGGGUAUCUUGAACGAGGCGUGGAAACACAAACUGAUUUUCGUCGAAACACCGGAUGCAGCAGAAACCAGUAUGGCAUUGAUGAAUUAUCGAAAAGCGUGUGAUAAUGGCCGUGGAGCGAUCCUCCUGUCUGUUGCUCGUGGAAAAGUGUCUGAAGGAAUUGAUUUUGAUCACAACUAUGGCCGAGCAGUCAUUAUGUUCGGCAUCCCCUAUCAGUAUACGGAAUCACGAAUCCUCAAGGCUCGUUUGGAAUACUUGCGAGAUAAUCACCACAUACGAGAAAAUGAUUUUCUCACUUUCGACGCUAUGCGACAUGCCGCCCAAUGUGUAGGCAGAGUAUUACGUGGUAAAACCGACUAUGGUCUGAUGAUCUUUGCUGACAAGGUAAAAAAGAAGUUUCGAAAAAAUAAGGGUUGAUUUGAUGAUAUAUAACAU